AUGAGUUACCCUCAUGUUUCGCUAGCCGAUGCAGCAAAGCGAGCAAUUGAUGCAAAACUACCCAAAUUGGCGCGUUUGCUGAUCAAGAGAGAGAAGGACGACUCGAAGCAGGUCCAAGUGUUGCUGCAGCUAGGCGACGUUCAAGAGGCUCUGACUCGUGCAGCGGCUGCACAGCGCCCACAGUUGAUGCACCAGGCACAAUGCUUGUAUCAAGACUUGAUACGUGAUGAAAGCGAACGAGGUUCGAGCAAAAUGAUGCUCGCGCUACUUGAACAGGCUAGCGACUUUGAGCGUCAAACUAUGUUCCAUCUUGACGCUCUGGAAAAUGAGAUUAAUCCCGCCGAGCGAUUGAAUUACCUGAGAAGAGCGAAAGAAUCUGCCCGUAACAUGGGUGAUAAAGGAGUGGAAGAGCUGUUGAAUGAUAUAGCCGCAUUCGCACCAGGGCAGUCAGAACGUGGACAGGACCAGAUGACCAUUCGUGAUACAGUCAUUGAAUUUGCAGCUGAUCCACAAAAGGUCGCUCAAUUCAAACAUCAAGCCAAGUUAACGGACAAGCAAGUUUGGCUUUGGACAAUCGAAGGUUUAGCAAAAAUGGUAAAAUUUGGAGCAACGCUUCGACAGGCGCAGAAAGAAGUCUCAGUUGGAUACGUGUUUGAAAGUGGUUCCGCCUACUUUACAGCCCUUCAUCAAGGCAUGUAUCAAGUACAAUCGGCGAGAGAGAGCAAAAAGUACUUUGCGAAGGUGCAUGGAUAUCAGGAGCUCGUGGCUGCUUAUCUGGCAAUGGGCAAUUUCGUGGCUGCUGCCAAGAUGGCGUUUGAUCGUCGCGAUCGAGACACGUUACAGCAGAUAUUUAUGAAAUCACACUCGGAUAAGGAGGCCUACACCAAAGUAGGCCAGCUGGUGAAGUCCUUCUAA